CCCCUGCUUGCCAAAGACCUACACCAUCUAUGUGCGCCCCUGGUCGUCGCCAAGGUCACCAAAUGUGCUUCAUUUGCCACUUCUUAAAUGAACAAGCUGCCUCAAAACUGAGGGAAAGUAAAACACCAACAGGUUUAGAAGCAUUCAGCAAGCUAACUCUUGAAGAUCAAAGUGCUCCAAAAGUGGAGGAAAUUAAUAAAACACCAACAUGCAUGGAAACAUUCAGCAGCAUUAAUGUUGCAGAAAUGGAGGAAAGAAAAACACCGGCAUUAAGUUUCGUGAACAAUGAAUUAUUAUCUCAUCAAUUCUCUUCUCUUUCACUUGAUAAGUCAAACUCAGAGUCAAAGUCAAAGUCAGAUGCAAAUGGUCAACUACAAAGUCAAAUGAAAAUUCUUCAUGAGAUUAGUGAUCACAGCAGGAUGAAGUUUCUCAUGGAGAGUAGAGUUCAUGAUGGUGUGAGGUUUGCUCUUAAUUUACCUGGUUUUUUCAACAGACUUGAGACCAAAACUCUGAAACCAUUUAUGCCAGUGAGUUUGCUUAUAAGAGAGUUAUCUAAAACUGAGAAGAGAAUUUAUAAUUAUAAAGUAAAACAUCAAAUGGAGAUGAGAGCUCAUGGGGGUGGUUUGAGGUUUGGACCAGCUUUAACUCAUGGUUUCAAAAGAGUUAAGAAGACAAUUCCAGUUGCAUCUAGACUAGAAUCAUUUGCAUGGAAUUGGGUGCCCAAUGGUGAAAACAGCAGGAUAAGUUGGCAAGAUAUUAAAAGAAGAAGAUAAAGAUGGAAUUGGGUCUAAUUACCAAACUCUAUAGUUUUUUUAAGUUUAUUUAAGUUGU